GGGGCUGAUUGGCUCUCGAGGCCAGCCCUCUACACGAGGUUUAUAAGAGUUGGGGCUGCCCUGGGUCCCCUGCCCUCUCUCCCGUGCCCGGGAGAGUCACUGCCGGGACCUCGGUGAACCGGUGUUUAACAGCGGGAGACCGAGGAAGGAACAGAGCGGUCGCAAAGCAGGGCGCCCGUCGCGCCAUGCGCCGGGCCAGCCGAGACUACGGCAAGUACCUGCGUGGCUCGGAGGAGAUGGGCGGCGGCCCCGGCGCCCCGCACGAGGUGCCGCUGCACCCCACGCCUUCAGCACCAGCCGCGCCGCCGCCCCCUGCGGCUUCCCGCUCCAUGUUCCUGGCCUUACUGGGACUGGGGCUGGGCCAGGUGGUCUGCAGUGUCGCUCUGUUCCUGUACUUCCGAGCGCAGAUGGAUCCUCACAGGGUAUCGGAAGACGGCGCUCGCUGCAUUUCUAGGAUUCUCACACUCCGUGAGAACACAGGCUUACAGGACUCGACUGUGGAGAGCGACGACACAGAUGCCCUGCCCGAGUCCUGCAGGAGGAUGAAACAGGCCUUCCACGGGGCCGUGCAAAAGGAAUUACAACAUAUCGUUGGACCACAGCGCUUCACGGGAGUGCCAGCUAUGAUGGAAGGCUCAUUGUUCGAUCUGGCUCAGCGGGGCAAGUCGGAGAUGCAGCCCUUCGCUCACCUCACCAUUGAUGCUGCCAACAUCCCCAAGGGUUCCCAUAAAGUCAGUCUGUCCUCUUGGUACCACGAUCGGGGCUGGGCCAAGAUCUCCAACAUGACUUUAAACAACGGAAAGCUAAGGGUUAAUCAAGAUGGCUUCUAUUACCUGUACGCUAACAUUUGCUUCCGGCAUCACGAGACAUCGGGGGACCUAGAUGCAAAGUAUCUUCAGCUGAUGGUGUAUGUCAUUAAAACCAGCAUCAAAAUCCCCAAUUAUCAAAACCUGAUGAAGGGCGGAAGCACCAAAUACUGGUCAGGGAAUUCUGAAUUCCAUUUUUACUCCAUAAACGUUGGAGGGUUUUUCAAGCUCCGAGCCGGGGAGGAAAUCAGCGUUCAGGUGUCCAACCCCUUUCUGCUGGAUCCGGAUCAAGAUGCGACCUACUUUGGAGCUUUCAAAGUUCGAGACAUAGAGUGAAACCCGUUCUGUGGCACAUUCGCCUGUACGUCCUAGAUGCUUGGAAACAUUUCCAAAAGUGGAAGAUGUAUAUAGGUGUGUAAGACUACUAAGAGGCAUGGCCCACAUUGUACAAAACUCAUGGUCUUCUCUCUUGACCCUGGACAGGCCAUGCCUAUGUAAAGUCAGCAGGACUCCUGGUGGUUACACAGUGGCUGUAUAAUUUCGUAAUUAAAUCAGACUGGAAGAUGUAUAAUGAUGCUUAUGAAGUGAAGAGGUCAUAGUCUCUGGAUCUAACUCCUAGCCGUGUGCCACUGAGAACCUCAAAGUUAAGAGGGCGUCAUUUCAUUGCAGACAACUGAUGGUUUGAAGGGUUAAGUUCUCUUGAAUUGUUACAUCAUGCUGGAACCUGCAAAGAAGUACUUUCUUUUUUCUAAUGAGGAGAGAAAAAUAUAUGUAUUUUUAUAUAAUAUCUAAAGUUAUAUUUCAGGUGUAAUGUUUUCUGUGGAGAAUAUUGUAAAUUAUAUUUGUGCUAUAGUAUUUGAUUCAAAAAUAUUUAAAAUAUGCCUCACUGUUGACAUAUUUAAUGUUUAAAUGUACAGGACGUGUUUAACUGCUGCACUUUGUAACUCCCCUGAGGGAACUUGUCGCUAAGGGGAAGGAUACUGUUUCGGGCAACCACAUGUAGUUGAUUUCUUCAUUCUUCUUAAUUUAAUAGAGUUUUCAGACUUGUCAAGCCUAUGCAAACAAAAAAAUUAAAAUGGAUACCUUGAAUAGCAAGCAGGAUGUUGGUCACCAGGUGCCUUUCAAAUUUAGAAGCUAGUUGACUGUAGGAGCUGACAUAGCCAAGAAAGGAUGCAUAACAGGCUACUGAAAUCUGUCAGGAGUAUUUGUGUAAUUAUUGAACAGGUGUCUUUCUCUACAAGAGCUACAAAUUGUAAAUGUUGUUUCUUUUUUUAAAUAGAGAAAGUAUUGCGGUUUAUCAUCGAAAAACAAUCCACUUUUUAAUUUAGUGAAUGUUAUUUUAUUAUACUGUACAAUAAAAGCAUUGUCUCUGAAUGUUAA